GUGGAGCCGCCCCCUGCCCGGGGAUGGACGGUGAGGCCGCCGACCGGGGGGAGGUGCGGCCGGUGGCUCCGGACCAGAGGAAGCGCAGCCGGUCGCCCUCGUCGCGCAGCCAGUCCGGCGACAGGAGGAGGAGCCACAGCGCGAAGAGAAGGAAAGAGAAGCGCAGAAGGAGAAAGAAAAAGUCUAAGAAGCGGAGGAAGGAGCCAAAGGCGGCGAAGAGUCAGCGAGGCGGAGCCGCGAGUGAGGGAGCGGCGGGGCCUCCGGAGCGGUCGAGCGAGCGGCCCGCCCAUCCCGGGGCAGUUGUUACAGAUGAGCAGAAAGCUCGAAUUCAGGCCAUGCGACCUAUGACGAAGGAGGAGUGGGAAGCCAGGCAGAGUGUCCUUCGACACGUUGUGGAUCCAGAGACCGGCAGGAAAAGGCUGAUUAAAGGUGAUGGUGAAGUUCUGGAAGAAAAUCGUCAGCCGAGAGAGACACAGAGAAAUAAACAAGCAUGCGACUAAGGGUGAUGGAUUCACUUUCCAGGUGAGAAUGGGCCUGACCAAAGGUGACAAGAGGUGAAAGUCUUUGGGAUGACUGGUUUCAAAUCAAUAUAUGCUGAUAAUUAGAACUUUAAAAACUAAUGAAAUACCAUUCUUAAAUAAUAAAUUGUACAGCAGUUGCAAUUUUGUUGUUUGUGUUGCAGAGUUUUGGCUUCCUCAUGCUGCUAUAAUUGGCCAGUGAAACAGGAUGCCCUGAUUGUUCAGUUUCACGGUGAAUUACAAAGCAUUAGUGAAUUGAGCAGAGGCAGCCACUUGAAUUAGUGCAAAUCAUCCAGUUUAGUCUCCCCUGAUAAUACAAGACAAUUAUAUUUAAAUACUUGAGAGGAAAAUUGGAGAUUUCCCUGCUACCUGCGGUGAGAGAGAUGAGAAAUGGACUCCUCCACAUGGAGGAGAUGUUUGGUAUCGGACAUGUCAGGCCCAGCUCACUGUCCUGUGUUUGAGGAUAAAAUCUAUUCCCAGUACAUCUGAUUAGGGUCUGGUCUCACAGUAAGGCUGGAUACCACCACAGUGGUGCAUCACUCUGAGCCGUGCCUGUCCAUUUGGGUUAUGUAAAAGAUAUUAUAAAGUGCCGUAAGAGUUCCUGGUCAAUAUCUACUGCUCACCUAAAACCAGAUCAACCAAUAAAAAAAUCUCAUGACACACAGCAAGAUCCGUGGGUGGUAUCUCAGGUGCCAUGGUUUCCCUUUGAAGUGACUUGGCAUUUCGCAAAGUGCUUAAGUGGGACUUUGCUGUCUGAGACUGGCUUCUUUCACAUCAGCAGAAAGCUGCAGAUCCUGCUUUAACCCUGCUGGUGUAACACUCCUGUGAUGUGAAGCAGUCAUUCAUUCUAUGAUCCUGGAAGGGAUAUGGACUCAACUGGAGACGAUGAAUGCAACAGUCUGUGAGCACCAGAUGUCACCUCCCUAGGAUUAGACAAAUUGAGGAUCCUUCCUAAAAAAUGCUUAUAAAAACAGAAAAUGCUGGAUCAUCUCAGCAGGUCAAGCAGCAUCUGCGGAAAGAAGCAGUUGUUAUGUUUUAGGUUGAAGACCCUUCAUCAGAACUGAGAAAGAGAAAAGCAGGUUCAUGUCAGUGGCAGAGAAGGUUGGGGGGGUGGGGGUCAGUUGGUGGAACAAGGGGAUUGUCUGGGAUGGGGGAAAUGAUGCUGUCACAUCACAGACAUUCCCUCGCCUCACCUUCUUUGACACUGAGACUAAUUUACUUUCUCCCUUCCUCAGUUCUGAUGAAAGGUCUUCAACCUGAAACACUGACUGUUUCUCUUUCCACAGAUGCUGCCUGCCCUGUUGAGGUUUUCCAGCAUUUUCUGCUUUUUAUUUCAGAUUUCCAGCACCUGCAGUUUUUUAAAAAAAAGUUUUAUUAUUGAAUUGGGAUUGGCACUGGACGAAAGUAGUGUUUUAACCCUAUCAUUAAUUAACCUCUCAUACUGUACAGUGUUCAAGGCAUUGAUGACCUUCAUGGAGAAUAUGUUGGUUAUCUUAAUUUGUACCAGGAUCUGAAGUAAUGAAUAAACUACAAAGUAAUACUG